UCCAUAUGUAGCCUACACCUCGAUAUAUCUGCCCAAGCAAAUGACCAAACAAAGGACGGAAUAGCUUAAAUAUUGUGCAAAAUCUUGUCCAUCCCCCCACCGAAGUCCACAGAGAAUUGGCCAUACCGUCUAACGCACUCUCUAAGCAUCUGCUCCGUUCAUUCGGUGAGGGGGGAACCGCUGUGAGCCUCCGCUCGCGCUUUUGUUCAGUGUCUCUCCUCGCGACCGGCGAAGCGCGCGCCGUUUCGAGCUCCUCUCUGGACUCGGUCUGAGGAGAAAUACCGUGCAUUUUUACCUAUUUUUUUUAACGAAGUAAGGAGUUAAUUUCAACACGUUUCUGAGGCUGAACAGAUUUGAAUGGUUGACCUCGGCGGGUGUUAUCAUCUACUCCGCUGAAUCUGAGCCGACGCGGCAUUCCUGUGGACUUUCUGAGGCGACGACGCGCUUUACCUCGGAGAAGGAUGCUGGGGGAGCUCCGCUUGACUGUGCUCCAGUCUCUCCUGGCUGUGUGUCUGCUCUUUACCCUGGAACAUGGCACGGUGAGCUGUGACACUGUGGUGAACAUGCGUAAGGUGACUCACCAGCGGGUUCAGGAGCCUCUGUCAGGUACGGCCCUCCUGCCGUGUGUUUUCACCCUGCACCCGAGUCUUUCGCACGAACCCCCUCGCAUCAAGUGGACCAAACUGUGGGGUCAACGCGGCCUGGACGGCCUACAGAAGCAGCAGUCGAUUCUAGUGGCUAAAGACAAUAUAAUCAAGGUGAAGAAAGCCUUCCAGGGCCGCGUGACCUUGCCAGGAUACCCGGAGAACCGCUACAACGCCAGCCUGGUGCUGACAGGCCUGCGAUCCAGCGACUCGGGGAUGUACCGCUGUGAGGUCGUGGUCGGCAUUAACGACGAACAAGAUACAGUGCCCCUUCAGGUCACGGGAGUGGUCUUUCACUACCGCGCGCCUCACGACCGCUACGCGCUGUCCUUCACUGAUGCCAAAAGAGUUUGUCUGGAGAACUCUGCCAAUAUUGCCUCUCCGGCCCAGCUGCAGGCCACUUUUGAUGACGGCUACGACAACUGCGAUGCCGGAUGGCUGUCGGACCAGACUGUGAGGUAUCCCAUCCAAGCGCCUCGGCCCGGCUGCUUUGGCGACAGGGAGGACUCACCCGGCGUGAGGAACUACGGCAGCCGAGACCCAGACGAGAUGUUCGACGUGUACUGCUUUGCCGGCGGCCUUCAAGGUGAAGUGUUUCACACCAGCGUGCCGGAGAAGCUGAGCCUGGCAUCUGCUUCCACUCUCUGCCUCACUCUGGGAGCUCAGCUGGCCACGGUCGGGCAGCUCUACCUGGCCUGGCAGGGUGGCCUGGACCGCUGCGACCCCGGCUGGCUGGCUGACGGCAGCGUGCGUUACCCCAUCAACCUGCCCCGGCGUAACUGUGGAGGAGAUGAACCAGGAGUACGGACCGUUUACCACAACCCCAACCGCACCGGGUUCCCAAACACUAGUGACCUCUUUGACGCCUACUGCUAUCAAGAGAAGAAUUUCGAAGAGCAGGCGGCGAUACGCCACAAAACCCUAGAAAGCUUCAAUUUGAACUCUUCAAGCGACGAAGAGGUGCAGCUCCAAAGAAACGGAGCCUUCCCUGAACCUUCGACUUGGACCGGUCUGGUCGAUCUCGAGAAAGAAGAUUUCAGGUCCAUCAUAAACAACGAAUCUUCAGAAAUCUCAGAGGAGCAUGUUGUGAUCCACCUUGGACCUGAAGAAAGGUCUGUUGAAUGGGAAGAUGCUGCGGAGAAUCAGGAGAACCUUCAAGGGGGUUCGGCGAAAGAGGAGACGGAUGAGUCAGAUGGUCCCGAUGUGUCUCCUGACCCAUCUUCAACCGCGCCAUCUUCCUCUACGCAAGCUCAGACCAGCAACAGCGUCAUUUCCAACUUUGUGAACACAAUCAUGAAGCCAUUUCGGUACUGGACUGGGACUGGAGAACCUGAGAUACCGGCCACAGAGUCCAGCCUCUACAGAGGAACCUCAGAAAUGAUCCCACCUGCCAGGACGAAGCCAAGUAGAGGGAAAACAAGCAAAGCUGGUGCUGAUAAUGCAAUCGCGGAGCCUGAUAUCAAGGAAAAUUCAAACAACCCCUCCUCGUCGGAUCCAGAAGAAGAGCUCUUGGAACAGGAGAAAGAAGUGGUCUUGGUGGCUGCGCAGCAGGAGAUAAAGAGUCCAAGCAAUUCUUAUAUGGAUCAUCCAUAUUCACAGACCUUCACAGACAGCUUCACUGGACCAACUAAAGGAGCGAUUGGUUCAGGAAUGGCGGAUCCAACUCUUUCCUCGGCAUCUAAGAGCUUUGGUUCCAUGAGGAGCAGCCAACAAAUAUGGCCGCUAAAAUCCUUGAAAGUUGCCCCAGGCAACAAUAGGCAUUUCAUAACUCAAACAAGCAGUCCUAUGGAAGCCAAAAGAGCCAGUUUGGAGAUCAUGACCAUUCCUGUUUCCAGGAAUAACCCUGAGAACUUCUCUGGGGAGGGAAAAGACUUGAACGAGGACGGUUACCCUAUUCCCAAAGGUCCUCCGUCACCGUUAUCUCCAGAGGAAGAAAAAGAUGGCGAGGGAAGUGGAGGGAAGGAGUUGCCGUUCACCCUUGACAGCCAAAUGAAUGGAUCCGAUGACCACGGAGUCCCACUGGAGACCACUGUCAGAUGGCGGCUUAUGAGUCUCCAGACAACUCAACCUACUAUUGAACCCAAGCAUGAGAAACCAGCCGACACGGUGGAGGAAGCCAAGGGGGAAAUCAUGUACGUCCAUCGCCCCAUUGAAAAACACAAGAACUUUCCCUCGAGUAAAGUCAACGUGCCUGUUGUUAAACGAAAGCAAGACCUAGGGUUGACUAUUGCACCAGAAACACACACUUUCAACUCGCCUACCACGCCAAGCCCUGGAGUUCCCAACGAGGACAAGCAAUCAAUUCAACCACCAACGGUAGGAAUCACUCCUUCCCAACCUGGAAAAGAAACCACUACCGAAGACAUUUUGUGCACUCCAGAUCCAGCCGUUUCCAGCACGUGGUUACCUGUGCUUCAAGAGGAGUUAGAUACUCCACAACCACCGGCUCCUACCAUAAUAAUGACGCAAGCUGGACCUACAGUUGCGCCAACUAGUCCAGGUCCAAAGGACACUUCCCAGCAGGCUGAGUCCAGGUCAGGAGGGUCGGAGUCAUUUGUUUUGGCUCAGGGCUGGAUAACAUCUGAACCGGUUCCAACGGAGGAACCGUCAUCGCAGACCACAGGAAGGCCAGAGAAGGACACAACCGUGGCUAGGAGUGAAAACAGCCCAUCCAUAACUUCAGCAGAAGAUGAUCCCUGCCAGACCAACCCGUGCCUGCAUGGUGGAAGCUGUUUGACCGAGGGGGAGGGUUACAGUUGCCUUUGCCCUCAGGGCUAUUCGGGAGAGAGCUGCGAGAUCGAUAUUGAUGAUUGUCAGUCCAAUCCAUGUCAGAAUGGAGGCACCUGCAUUGAUGAGGUCAACUCUUUCGUAUGCCUGUGUCUGCCCAGCUAUGGUGGAGCAACCUGUGAGAAAGAUACUGAGGGUUGCGAGCACAACUGGAGGAAGUUUCACGGCCACUGCUACAGGUACUUCACCCGCAGACACACGUGGGAAGACGCAGAGAAAGACUGCAGAGAGCACAGCGGUCACCUGGCCAGCAUCCACUCCACACAAGAGCAAGACUUCAUUAAUGGUCUGUGCCAUGAAAACACAUGGAUUGGUCUGAAUGACAGGAUGGUGGAAGACGACUUUCAGUGGACUGAUAACAUGGAUCUGCAAUAUGAGAACUGGAGGGAGAACCAGCCGGAUAAUUUCUUUGCGGGUGGAGAGGACUGCGUGGUGAUGAUCGCCCAUGAGAACGGCAAAUGGAACGAUGUACCCUGCAACUACAACCUGCCCUACAUCUGCAAAAAAGGCACAGUACUAUGUGGAGCUCCGCCCACCGUGGACAACGCUUUCCUGAUUGGUCGGAAGCAUUCGCAUUACGACAUACACUCUGUGGUGCGUUACCAGUGCGGUGACGGUUUCUUCCAGCGCCACAUUCCCACCAUCAAGUGUCGCGCCAACGGCAAAUGGGACCGGCCCAAGAUCAUCUGUACGAAGUCAAGGAGAUCUCACCGCUACAGACGCUACCACCACAAGUCCCACCACGAGCGCAGAAAGCACAAGAGGCACGGUUCAGGAGGUCAUCGAGGUCAACAAGAGGGUCACGGCCAUUUCUAACCAAAUAACCCCCUCCUUUCCGCCAGCCUUUCACCUAAACCUCCUUAUCUUUGAUAUCCGACGGCCUUCACUUACCCCCUUCUAGUCUGGCUCAGUCUACCCCCAUUAUGAUCAGAGGGGCACUGCUGGACCUCACAAGGACUAUAACAAUUUCACUUUUCUGUCUCUUUAAUCCGUUAAUGUUACAUCUCAUUUUAGUGAAUCCAACAUGAGAAAAGUUCUUUCGUACCUUAAAUGUAGAAAACACUCUAGGUAACUGUUUAUGUAUUUUUACAUAAGCAUUAAUUGAGCGGGUGGGUUGGUACUUCAUGUAAAUAUUGUAUUUCAUUUCAAAAUGCGGGAUCACUUCGAAACGGCCAGGAAAUGCUUGGGAUGGGUUAGCUUAUGCAGUAUUUCUUGACCGUUUUGACGUUGGUUUGCUCUUUGUAAGACAUUAACCUAAUUUAUACAGUAUUUCUGAGUAUUGGUGUGUUUUGAGUUGAGAGGAGUGGUGCUCAUCUGGAUUUUACGUGAAAAUUAAAUCGCGCUCAUGUCAUUCCAAACCUGUAUGAUUAUGUUUCUCCCGUCGAACACAAAAAGACACUGGUAGUGACUGGUAACAGGAGUUUUCAAAUGAAUCUGUAUUUGACGUCUUCUGAAGCCGUACGAUAGAUUUGUGCGUAAAACAGUCCGAAGUUCAAUCAAAAGUCAGUACUCCAUUGUAACUUUCAUAGAAAUGUUGAACGAGAGUUCAGAUCCACAUCGGUAGAGUUUUCUGCAAAUAAUCAUUUCAAUUUAGCAUUUUCCUCACACAAAUUUAUCGGAUACUCGUCGGUAUUGGUGUGUUUUGAGUUGCGUGGAGUGGUGCUCAUCUGGAUCUUCAUUGUAGAAACUGCACAAUUCACACAAAACUAAAACUAACCCAUAUGAUUUUAUUUCUUACAUUGAGCAAAAAAAGGAGAUGAGUGACUGGCUAUAAGUGAGCAAUAUCAGCAACGAGUGUGAUAUUGCAUUUAUGCAACAAUUUGACGGACAAUUGUGUAAAUGCAUAAUAAACAACAAAAGUGUCUUUAAAAACUCUCUUUUGUGCAAAACUACUUCUGCCAAUUCGACAACUCAACAGCUGAGCCCAAGCGUCCAUUUCUAAUUCGAAAACAUAGAACAAGUACAUUCUUGCCUCAAAAACUCUUAAAACUACAUUGCGCGACACAAAAACUGUAACAUUUAUAAAAUGAUAUUUGAUUUGGGCUACCGCCAUGAUAUUCACUUUGAGAAGCGAUUGGAGUUCUGAUAUCGCUUGGAUACCGCACUCCUUCCAGCCAAUCAGAUUUGAGGACCAGAAAGAACUGUUGUAUAAACGACAAUAAAGCGCCAUGAAAGUACGAAUUUAACGUCUUCUGAAACCGUAUGAUAGAUUUGUGUGAGAAGCAGACCGAAGUUAUUCAUAAUCAAGAAGUUGUUAUCCUAUUGUAGCUUUCGCAGGAAAUGUGACGUUUGGUCUCAUUGAUGUCAAACUGUUGACAAACGAGAUUUCAGAUCUGUGUUUGUUUGCUUUUUUUUUCUCAUACAAACUAAUCAAAAAUCUUCAGAAGAAGAUUAUAGCACACAUAUGGGCAUGCAAACCACUUUUAUGAAACUUUAAUGGUGCUCCACUGGAAAAGAGCAGCUUGGACGCUCUGCAAAGUAUCUUCUUUUGUGCAUCACAGACAAAAGGGCAUAAUACAGGUUUGAGUUGACAUUAGGUUAAAUAACUGAUGACAGACUUAAUUGUUAGGGUCAAACUAUUCCUUUAAGUCCUUAAACAGCGUUUAAAUAGUUGUUACGCAGAUAUAUUUCAAGCCUCGAGUUAAGGUUUUCAAUCUUUCACAGUUAUUGACUUUGAACGACUUGACAAGAAUUAGAUGAAAUGUGCCACUGUAAAAUCCCCUCUACUUUUGAUCCCUCCAUCUGUUAUUGAUGGUCUGUGUCAUGAUCUCCUACUUUCUCACCCACAGAGGAGAAAUUGUCCUGUCAGAGCCUGUCGGCGAGAAAAGAGCAAGAAUUAGAAAGCUGGAAAGAGAAGUUCGACUUGCUGGACUUAAUUGCAGUCGACUGCAUAAACGCCACAUCAAACUGAGCCGGUGACAAGGUACUUUUAACAGCCUUGGGGGUCGCAGGUAUGCCUGGAAUUAGCUUCUCGAACUAGCACACUUAAGGAAGAAAUAUAACAGGGAUGGAUUCCCAUGGGUGGGAUGUGGACGAAAACAAAGAAUCCAGAUGGUGCGAUAUCACAUUCGAGUUAGAUGAUAAAAGUGCUCAUGGGUACACUUCAGAGGCAAGGAUACCUCCAGUACUGAAGAUCAGGAGGUUAAAAAGGAAAGGCUUAUGCAGAAGAAGGCCAGUUGAGAGGCAGCAUUUGGCCUUCUGUUCUCCUCAGAGCGAAAGAUGUGGUCUGGACACACUGAGGUUUCCAAAGGCACACUUUUUUCAUCCCUACCAGGUGUGUGUCCUGUUUCCCAAAGAGUACUGCGACAGCUGACUCAGAAAUGAGGACCGCUCCUUAUUCUCUGCCCUCUCAACUAUCCUCCUUACCUUAAAAAAGGGCAGACUCUUUCUUUUUUACUGCGCGUUUCUCUAAUGCCGGGGUUUUUGUGCUUAUCUCUCGCUAUUCCUUUCUCAGUGUCCCAGUGAGAUUGCAAACGUAGCCCAGUUUUCUGCCAACUUCGUCUCAACGCCAGCGCUCCCCCUUCUUUCCUUCUCUACCUUUAUCCACUUUUUUAAAUAGACUUUUUUUUUAAUUCAAGGAUGAAAAGCCAGUACUCUUAAUAUCUGAACAAUUCAUCUUUUUGUUCCAAGAAACUUAAUUAAUGUUGAGGUUAUUAGUACCCAUUUUGAUAAAGAAGCAAUUGACCUUCAAGAAAAAGAUUAUUUAAAUUUUUUAAAAUAAAAAGCUCUUUUUGAACGUUUUGAAGUUUAGUCGAAAAGGGAGGAGCAUGCUUUUUUAGUAAAUUUCAGAAAAACAUAAAUUUUGCUUUU